GUAGGAUGAACAUAGAUCCCCACACGUAACACCAACCUCCAUUAUUCCCAGUAGACUCAGAUACCCUCAACCACCCAUAAAAACACCCUCCUCUUCUUUUUAUACUCUCUCCACUUUCAGUUUUUCAAGCACCACACCACCAUUUAUACACGCAUAACAACACCUUACUAGUACUACAACUAUUUCACCAAAAACCAUUCUCGUCAUGGCACUUGCAGUACCACCACCACCAUCUUCUCCACACUCCAAACCCUCCCUCUCAGCUCGGCUUAACUCCCUCGCGGCUCAGAGCCGAGCUGGGAAGCACUUCAAGCUCACAGAGCGAAACACCACCUUCACCACUGAGCUUCGUGCCGGCACAGCCACCUUCCUCACCAUGGCCUACAUCCUCGCGGUCAACGCGAGCAUCAUCGCGGACUCCGGUGGAACUUGCACCAUCUCAGACUGCAUCCCCAUAUGUUCAAACCCAAAAAUUCCACUAAGCCAAUGUACUGGCCCAACUCACCAGGUAAUCCGACCCGACGAGUCAUGCAAGUACCCGCCCGUCAACCCGGGCUACGCGUCAUGCGUGGAGAGGAUUCGCCGAGACCUCAUCGUGGCCACGGUGGUCUCCUCCCUCAUAGGGUGCACCCUGAUGGGCCUAUUUGCUAACCUCCCUUUGGCACUUGCACCGGGUAUGGGUGCAAAUGCUUAUUUCGCUUACUCGGUUGUCGGGUUUCACGGGUCGGGUACUGUACCAUAUGGAACAGCUUUAACGGCUAUCUUUUUAGAAGGCUUGAUAUUCCUCUUCAUCUCAGCCGUUGGAUUUCGCGCCAAGCUAGCUAAACUCGUUCCAAGACCCGUCCGAGUUUCAUCCUCUGCUGGAAUCGGUCUCUUCUUGGCUUUUAUUGGGCUUCAAAAUGGUGAAGGUAUUGGGCUCAUUGGAUCCAGCCCAUCAACGCUUGUGACACUUGGUGGCUGCCCAAGAUCUGAUCUGACGGCGUUAGCUCCGGUCAUAACAGCAGCUAACGGAACCGUUAGCUUGCUUCCAGGUGGGACAGUCUCAGAUAAUAUAUUGUGCUUGAAGGACAGGAUGGAGAGUCCAACAUUGUGGCUAGGUUUAGUUGGGUUCGUGAUCAUAGCCUAUUGCAUGAUGAAAAACAUAAAGGGAGCAAUGAUAUAUGGCAUCGUUUUCGUCACCAUGAUCUCGUGGUUCAGGAACACCGCUGUUACCGUGUUCCCAGACACUGACUCAGGUAACGCAGCGUUCCAUUACUUCAAGAAAGUGGUGGACGUGCACGUGAUCAAGAGCACUGCAGGGGCGUUAAGCUUUAACGGAAUCGGAAAAAGCACGUUUUGGGAGGCACUCUUAACAUUCCUCUACCUGGAUAUCUUAGACACUACGGGGACAUUAUAUUCAAUGGCAAGAUUCGCAGGAUUUCUAGACAUCAACGGUGAUUUCGAGGGCCAGUACUUCGCCUUCAUGGCCGACGCGUCGUCCAUCGUGGUGGGGUCUCUUCUGGGGACGUCACCCGUGACGACAUUCAUCGAGUCCUCCACAGGGAUCCGUGAGGGAGGACGUACGGGGCUGACGGCCUUAACCGUGGCCGCGUACUUCCUCCUCGCGUUCUUCUUUACCCCGCUGUUGGCGUCGAUUCCACCGUGGGCAGUAGGGCCGCCGUUGAUCUUGGUGGGUGUGAUGAUGAUGAGAUGUGUGGUGGAGAUUCAAUGGGAUGACAUGAGGGAGGCUGUGCCCGCGUUUGUGACGAUCUUGCUGAUGCCGUUGACGUACUCGAUUGCUUAUGGAUUGAUAGGGGGGAUUGGAACGUACAUUGUUUUGCAUGUUUGGGAAUGGGUUGAGGAGUUUGUGAGAAAGCACGUGACUAUGAGGAAGAGCUUGAAGGGAAUAUCCAAUGAAGAUAAUGUGAAUGGGAAUCAUCAUGUAGAGAAUGACCAAGGAGAGCAUAAAGCACUCGAAGUUUAGAAAUUAAAUUUAAGCGUAGAUGGGAUAUGUAUAGAAUAGAAGCAUAUAUAAUUGAACAACUUAAAUAUGCACUUGCAACAUAUUGUCUUUUUGAUGCAUCGUGGUGUCUUUUCAUGUUACUCUUUUGUAGAGGUGGGGGGAAGCAGGAAAGUGAUGAAUUAGGGAAUUAAUGAGAUGUGUGUGAAAAUUAGGAUAUGUGCAUGAUGAAAAUCGGAGCAAUGUUGGAUAUCUAAUUUGUGGGUUGUUGACCUGAUAUUGGUACAUCAUGAAUGUGUUUGUGGGGUUCCAAUGUA